UCAUUGCUUCAGAAGAAAUGACAACGAUUCAAACAGCAGUGAAACCUUAUUCCACUUUUUCUAAUUGCUAUUUAGUGAACAUUGGUUUCCGGUUGUUUUACAGUUUAAAUUUGUUCUGGCUCAUUAGCAGCUUAUCAGUCACCUCUAAAGUACUUGGAAUUGCACUUAUGCGCUACGCAAAUAAAUGUUGAUCGAUUGUUUUAUCGUUUGGUUUUGUGGUACAUGUACUGAAUGUUCACAGACUUACUCAAAACUAAUGCUGGCGUGGAUUGUCCGUCCUGAUCUGUCACUUCGCGGAUGAGAUCAUUCCGUGUCUGGAGCUGGGAGCCCCGCUUUGUGCGGGUCGGACCACGCCCCGGCCACGGCGUGCGGUGCACCAGGCUACGUUAGCACACAGUUGCUACAUCCGGGCGCUCUGCCUGGUUUACAAGCCCUGCGAAGAUGGCGACGUCAGGGAGGAGUGCAUUAUUAUCCUCCACCUCAACUGGACCUAAGAGCACGCUGGAGAACUCCAACCCAGAGGAGGACGAUGGACAGAAUUUAUGGUCCACCAUCCUGAGCGAAGUGUCAACCCAUUCAAGAUCAAAGCUACCGUCUGGGAAAAAUGUCCUGGUCAUGGGUGAGGUGGGCUCGGGGAAGACCACCUUGGUUGCAAAAUUACAGGGGGUCGAAGAGUACAUGAAAGGGCGUGGCCUGGAAUAUCUCUACUUCAGUGUCCAUGAUGACGACAUUGAUGACCACACUAGGUGCAAUGCCUGGGUGUUAGACGGAGACCUUUACCACAAAGGUCUGCAGGGAGUAGCUGUACCACUGGACUCGAUCAGUAACACAUUGCUGCUGAUAACAGCUGACAUGUCGCGGCCAUGGAACGCCCUGGACUCUCUCCAGAAGUGGGCUGCCGUCGCUAGGGAACACAUCGACAAACUCCGAGUUGCCCCAGAAAUGCUGCGGGAGCUGGAGCACAUACUUGUAAAACAGUUCCAGGAGUACACAGAGCCAGGCAGUGGGGAGGAUGGCACCCCGCAGAGGAGGAGUGAAGAUGAGGAGAGCGUGCUGCUGCCGUUAGGAGACAACACACUCACACACAACCUGGGCAUACCAGUGGUCGUGGUCUGCACCAAGUGUGACGCCAUCAGCACAUUGGAGAAGGAGCACGACUACAGAGACGAACACUUGGACUUCAUCCAGUCCCACAUCAGGCGUUUCUGUCUGCAGUACGGCGCGUCUCUGGUUUACACGUCAGUGAAGGAGAUGAAGAACUUGGACAUCCUCUACAAAUAUCUGGUCCACAGACUCUACGGCUUUCCCUUCCACUGCCCCGCACAAGUAGUGGAAAGAGACGCUGUCUUCAUUCCAUCAGGUUGGGACAAUGAGAAAAAGAUUGCCAUACUUCACGAGAAUUUCCAGACAGUAAAAACAGACGACAGCUUUGAGGACGUAAUAGUCAAACCGCCAGUCAGAAAGAUCGUACAUGAAAAGGAGAUUCAGGCAGAAGAUGACCAAGUGUUUCUGCUAAAACUGCAGUCGCUUCUCGCCAAACAGCCCGCUGUGACAGCAGGGCGACCUGUGGAUACCACAAGCAGAGCACCCACCGGUUCCCCCAGGACGAGUAAUCGCUCCGCAGCAGUCAACGUAGCAAACACCAUGCCACAGUCGGGUCAGACCAGUGAGGGUGUGUUGGCCAACUUCUUUAACAGUCUACUGACAAAGAAGGCGGGGACAGGGGGACCAGGAACGCCAGGUGGUGGUAACAGCACUCCAGGAACCGUACGCAAGUCAGACAUGAACAUAACACAUGGUUCCAAGCUGGGCCUGAGUGAUGUACAGGCGGAACUGGACCGCAUAUCCAGCCGGGAGACUGACUCGGACUUGCCCAAUGCCAACGAGACUCCUGCCACCGACGGCCAGGACACAUGAAGACCAACACACAUCACCCAGUUCUCCUCCCCCCUCCACCUCAGUCACCUUCCAACUCCCUCGUCCUUCCUCCCUCCGCUCUCAGCACCUUCUCCAUCACAAAGAUGUGGCUAGAAGAGGCGAAGUAGGGGAGGAGAGGGGUUGGACACACAUUUUUGUCCUUCCCAUCCUCUUUCACUUUCUCCUCAACGUGAAAAACUCACCCUCUCUUCCCCUAUGACUUCUCCCACACCUCAUUCUCCUUCCCCUUUCUCUUCUUUUCCUGGCUGUUACGCUGAGGGCGAGUAUUGUCACUGUUAUAUGACUGUCUGUUUCAUGAGAGUAAAUAAGUAUGGGGGACCAACGGGGGUGUGGAGGUUGGGAUGGGAAGAGGUGAGGGGUGAGUGGAAAAAGACUGAUUGCAAGAAUGAAAGUGUGUUAUCCAUCCAUUUUAUUGUGAUGGUACAGUUAGUCUUUAUACUGUAGGAACUGCUGAAGGGCGCAUGUUGAAGGAACUGCACUUAGGUACUAUAGGGAUGAUUGUGUGAUUGUGUUUAAUGUAUGGGGGGCAAGUCGUGCAUGGCCAGAGGAAGGGACUGAGAACAAAAAAAUAUGCCUGUAACAAAAUUGCAAACAGUCUUGCUUUUUAAGAUGAAGGGACAAACAUACCAGUAUUUGUGUGAGUGUGUGUCUGUGUGUGAGUGUGGGUGUGUGUGUCAGAGAGAGAGAGUGAGCAUGUGUGAGAAUGAGGUGGACAGUGAAAGUUAAGUAAGUUACUUCAACCUAGUCAUGUAUGUUGAGAGAUUUUUGGCUGUUUGCAUUUCAACCAAGAGGCAAAAAACAUUACUAUGCUCUUACACUACAAGCUCUUAAAAAAGUGCAUACACUAUUAUUACAGCAGCCCUGUCUGCUGGACUACACAAACGAAACCUGACAAAAAAAAAAUAUACUACGAAAGCAAAGUUCACACUCAAGCACUAGUCCUGUUUAGAAGGCACCUAAGGUUCAUCAUGGCACCCAUUUCUACAAUUGGCCAAACUUCUGCUUGUGGUAUAUACUGCUCAAACCUGUAGAUAACAAACAGUGCACUGAAAAGGGAGGGUGGUAGAGGGUGGGUGGGUAGCUGAGCUUUACUUGUACAGAAAGAAGCACUAGUGAUUCAGUUCCAUAGUUACUGCGGGCAGGGUGGUGGGUGGGCAAGGGCGUCAGAACAUGGGAGGGUCACAUCAAGAAUGUACAGUCAUUGUCUCGCUGAUUGGUCCUGUUAUUUCAGAGCUCUGUGUUGGCGUUUGUAUAAUCAGAUCUGUUAAUCAGUCAAAUAAAAGGUGUAUUUAUUCGGAUUCA